AUGACUAGACGUUCCUUACAUAUGGUCUGUGCCAUCUGGAAUUCAGUUCUGUACGCCACACGAAGCAGUAAGAAGAAGCUUCUCACUAAAUCUACGGGUGUGUUUAUGGACGAGUCAAAGCAUAAAUCUAAGAGAGAGGGUUCUGAAAAAGAAGAAUCGAGGAGGUCUCAACGAGACAGGGAUGAUAAAGAUCGUGGAAAAGAGAGAAAUGGUGACAGGGAGAGGGAGAAGGAGAAGGAGAGGGAGAAGAGUGUUGAUGAUAAGUAUAGAGAAAAAGAAAGGCACAAGGAGAAGGAGAGGGAGAAGAGUGUUGAUGAUAAGUAUAGAGAAAAAGAAAGGCACAAGGAGAAGGAGAGGGAGAGGAGUGUUGAUGAUAAGUAUAGAGAAAAAGAAAAGCACAAGGAGAAGGAGAGGGAGAAGAGUGUUGAUGAUAAGUAUAGAGAAAAAGAAAGGCACAAGGAGAGGCACAAAGAGAAGGAAAGGAAAAAGGACAGAGACAAGGCCAAAGACAGAGAGAGGGAUAGGGAAGAUAGAGAGAGAGAAAGGGAGAAGGAAAGGCGGAGGGAACGAGAGAGAGAGCGGGAGGAAAGAGAGAGGGAGAAGGAAAGGGAGAGGGAAAGAGACAGAGAGAGGGAGAGGAAGGAGAAGGAUCGAGAAAGAGAGAGAGAAAGGAGGGAGAGAGACAGGGAAGAGAGGGAGAGGGAGAAGGAGAAAAUACGAGAUAGGGGGAGACACCGUGAAAUGGAUCGGGCACACAGUAGUGGCGAUGAUGAUGAUGUUAUGGACCAUGAGAGAAAAAGGCGGAGGAAAGAGGAUGAUAAUAAGAACAGGGACCGUCAACGAAGCAACAAGUCCAACAGGCGCAGGGAUGAACGUGAAGGCAGUAGCCCUCCAAAACGGGGAGAUGAAGACUCAACAGACAGGAAAGAGAAAACUUGGGAAGAAGACUUGGCCAAAGAACAAGAGAGAUUGGAUGACGAGAUGGAGAAGAGGAGGAGGAGAGUACAGGAAUGGCAGGAGCUACGAAGAAAGAAGGAGGAAUCUGAGAGGGAAAAGCUUGGAAUUACCACAAAUGUGGAUGAACCAAUGUCUGGUAAGACAUGGACCCUGGAAGGCGAAUCCGAUGAUGAAGAAGCUGGCGUUGAUGUGAAAACUGACAUGGAUAUUGAUGAGUCUGGAUCUGCCAAGCUGAUGGAUGACGAUGGGAAUGGGAAUGGGAAUGGCUUGUCCCUUGACUUCAAGAAUGAGGUUGUAUCUGCUUCUCAGAAUGGAGGUAGCGAUGCUGUUGUGGAUGAUGAAAUUGAUCCAUUAGACGCCUUCAUGAAUUCUAUGGUAUUGCCUGAAGUUAAUAAGCUGAAUGACCUUGCCCCUUCUGGUUCCACUGAUACAAGUCAAAUGGUGGAUAAAUAUGGUGAGACAAAUGGGGAAUAUCCUAAAAAGAAGGGUGCUAGUAAAUUGAUGGGAAGAAUCAUCCCUGGGGAAAAUUCUGAUUCAGAUUAUGGGGAUGUUGAGAACGAUGAAGAUCCUUUAGAGAAUGAAGAUGAUGAAGAGUUCAUGAAAAGGGUGAAGAAAACCAAAGUUGAGAAGCUAUCAAUUGUUGAUCAUUCUAAAAUCGAAUAUCCUUCCUUUCGAAAGAAUUUCUAUAUUGAAGUUAAGGAAAUCUCAAGAAUGGCUUCUGAAGAGGUGUCUGCCUAUAGGAAGCAACUGGAACUUAAGAUACAUGGAAAGGAUGUUCCAAAGCCUGUCAAGACCUGGCAUCAGACUGGAUUAUCGAACAAAAUAUUGGAGACAAUAAAGAAACUAAAUUAUGAAAGACCUAUGCCUAUUCAAGCGCAGGCGCUGCCUGUAAUUAUGAGCGGUCGAGACUGCAUUGGUAUUGCGAAGACUGGCUCUGGCAAAACUCUAGCGUUUGUGUUGCCAAUGUUGAGACAUAUAAAGGACCAGCCCCCGUUGAUGCCUGGUGACGGUCCUAUUGCGCUUAUAAUGGCUCCUACAAGAGAGCUUGUCCAGCAAAUCCACAGUGACAUAAAGAAAUUUACGAAGGUGAUGGGUCUCAGCUGUGUGCCUGUAUAUGGAGGUUCUGGUGUUGCCCAGCAGAUUAGUGACUUGAAACGUGGAACCGAGAUUGUUGUUUGUACACCUGGUAGAAUGAUUGAUAUACUUUGUACCAGUGCUGGGAAGAUUACAAAUCUGCGUCGGGUCACUUACUUGGUCAUGGACGAAGCUGAUCGAAUGUUUGAUAUGGGUUUUGAACCUCAGAUCACAAGAAUUGUCCAAAAUACACGGCCAGAUCGCCAAACUGUACUCUUCUCUGCCACUUUCCCUCGUCAAGUUGAAAUUCUGGCUCGCAAAGUGUUGGACAAACCUGUUGAGAUGCAGGUAGGUGGUAGGAGUGUCGUUAACAAGGACAUAACCCAAUUAGUUGAGUUAAGACCAGAAAGUGAUAGGUUCCUCAGGCUCUUAGAAUUACUGGGAGAAUGGUACGAGAAGGGAAAAAUUUUGAUAUUUGUCCACUCACAGGAGAAAUGCGAUGCUUUAUUUAAGGAUUUACUUAAGCACGGAUAUCCGUGCCUCUCACUUCAUGGGGCAAAGGAUCAGACAGACCGUGAAUCCACUAUAUCUGAUUUCAAGGCUAAUGUGUGCAAUUUACUAAUUGCAACAAGUGUUGCUGCAAGAGGUUUAGAUGUAAAGGAGCUCGAGUUAGUUAUUAACUUUGAUGUCCCGAAUCAUUAUGAGGACUAUGUUCAUCGUGUUGGUCGGACUGGUCGAGCUGGUCGGAAAGGCUGUGCUAUUACAUUUGUAUCUGAAGAAGAUGCAAGAUAUGCGCCAGAUCUUUUGAAAGCCCUUGAAUUAUCCGAGCAAGUUGUUCCCUCUGAUCUGAAAGCUCUGGCUGAUGGCUUUAUGGCGAAGGUGAACCAGGGGCUUGAGCAAGCACAUGGGACUGGUUAUGGUGGGAGUGGGUUUAAAUUCAAUGAAGAGGAGGAUGAAGUUAGGAGAGCUGCAAAGAAAGCACAGGCAAAGGAAUAUGGAUUUGAGGAGGAUAAAUCUGAUUCAGAAGAUGAAGAUGAAGGAAUCAGAAAGGCAGGUGGUGAAAUUACUCACCAAGCUGUCCUUGCUCAGGCUGCUGCUUUAGCUGCUGCCUCCAAAGUGAGUGCAGCAUCGACACCAAUCUCAGCUGCUCAGCUUAUUCCCAAUGGUGCAUUACCUGUUUCCUUGCCUGGUGUCCUUGGUUUAACAAUGCCAGGAAUAGCUGCAGCUGUCCCAGGGACUGGACUGCCAGUUGGAAGUGGCGAUGCGGCUGCUAGGGCAGCGGCACUUGCUGCAGCCAUGAAUUUGCAGCAUAACUUAGCAAAGAUUCAGGCUGACGCCAUGCCUGAACAUUAUGAAGCAGAAUUGGAGAUAAAUGAUUUUCCACAAAAUGCUCGUUGGAAGGUGACCCACAAGGAAACUUUAGGUCCAAUCUCUGAAUGGACUGGGGCUGCCAUUACAACUAGAGGGCAGUAUUUUGCACCUGGCAGGGUUCCAGGACCAGGGGAACGAAAGCUGUACUUGUUCAUUGAGGGCCCUACUGAGCAAUCUGUCAAGAGGGCAAAAGCUGAACUUAAACGUGCCUUGGAGGAAAUAACAAUGCAAGCUUCAUCACUUCCUAGUUCAGCGCAACCUGGCCGAUAUUCGGUUCUUUAA